CCAACUGGCUAAGACACAAGAGAUGACCAAAGGAGUGGUAUCUGUAUCGCCAAAGGUACGGGAGUUCUAGAGAGAGAAAGUUGUGUUUUAGAUAGAGAGAGAGAGAGAAAGUAAUGGGGGGAGAGAGUUGGAGCUUGGUGGGGAAACUGUGUGACUCGUGCAAGUCGGCAACGGCGACUCUGUUCUGCCGAGCCGACUCGGCGUUUCUGUGCAUCGGGUGUGACUCCAAGGUCCACGCGGCCAACAAGCUCUCGUCGCGCCACGCGCGCGUGUGGAUGUGCGAGGUCUGCGAGCAGGCUCCGGCGAGCGUCACGUGCAAGGCCGACGCGGCCGCCCUAUGCGUCACGUGCGACCGCGAGAUCCACUCCGCCAACCCCCUCGCCCGCCGCCACGAGCGCUUUCCGGUUGUCCCCUUCUACGACUCCGCCUCCGCCUCCGCCGUGAAGUCCUCAACCGGCGACGACAGGUACUUCUCCGAGCAUGACACCGCCGGCGGGGAGGCCGAGGAGGCUGAAGCGGCGUCGUGGCUCCUCCCAAACCCUCACCUGAAGGUCGUCGACAGUCCCGAUCUCAAAUCUACAACUGAAUAUCUCUUCUCUGAUAUGGAUCCGUACCUUGAUAUGGAUAUCAUAUCGGUGGAUCAGAAGCCUCAUCAGCAUCAGCAACAGCAACAAUACAGCUCAGGCACUGAUGGAGUGGUUCCAGUUCAGACGAACAAAGUUCAACCAGCACCGCCACAGCCUCCGGCGGUGGUGGACGGUGUGCCUUGCUAUGACGUCGAUUACUCUGGAUCUAAACCUUUCAUGUACAACUUCAACGCUCCAUCUCUCAGCCAAAGUUUAUCAUCGUCGUCUCUGGAGGUCGGAGUUGUGCCGGACUACAACGCCGGCGUGGCCGAUGCAUCGAACAGUUUGGGACGGAGCACAGGCGAGACUGUGGCGAAUCCGAUCUCGGGAAUGGACAGAGAAGCUAGGGUUUUGAGGUACAGAGAGAAGAGAAAGAACCGAAAGUUCGAGAAGACGAUUCGAUAUGCUUCGAGAAAGGCCUACGCCGAGACCAGACCCAGAAUCAAAGGAAGGUUCGCGAAGCGUUCAGAGGUCGAAAUCGACGGCAUUUAUAAUGCUGUUUCGUCGCCGGCUCUUAUCGGCGCCGAUGGUGGAUACGGCGUCGUUCCCUCGUAUUAAGUUUUUAGCUUAGUUUUGUUUGUUGCUUUUGGGUGGGGUGGUGUUGUAAUGUGUUGAUACCGUUGAUGAAUGAACGAUAUGUAUGUACAGUACGUGUUUUUGAUCGACGGAGUUCGAACCGUCGAUUUAGUAGUUAUUUCUCUGGUAA